CAAUGACUCCCGUAUGACAUUAAUAUUAUUCUUGCUGCCCUCGCUAUAUAGGCUUUCCCUCCCUUUCCCACUUCUUUUCUGUCAGCAGCUGAGUCUCAAGCGGUCACGAGCAAGCGAGUUUCUUUGCAUUAUCCAUUCCAUCUUCAACUAAUCUUCACGCUUCUAUCUGUCACUCGCUUAGCUAUUGUUCUCGACGUCCAUCAUUCAUCAUGAAGACCGUCGUAGCCGUUGCCGUCUUGGCAUCUAUCGUCUAUGCCCAGGCUCCGGAGGUUCCGGAUUGCGCUGCAAGUUGUAUCGGAACAGCCCUCUCGGCCAAUAGUGCCUGUGCGGAAGAUUUCGCAUGCCAUUGCAGGUCGCAGGACGCUAUACUCGAAUCCCUCGAACCGUGUAUCCAGCUUGAGUGCUCUGUUCCCGAGCAAUCGCUUGUCCAGACGGCCCUGGAAGACUUAUGUUCGAGCCUCGGCGUCCCUCUCACCGUCGGUUCGACCGGCUCGACCGGUUCUACUGACGCCUCACACGAGGGAAUGGAUCACGGCGAACUGGGGGGCGCCACGGGGUCCGUGACUUUUGAUCCCGCCAGCGGCCCGGCUGCCGCUGCACCCCCCGCCGCUGCCAACCCGGCUCCCGCAUCCGCAGCGCCCGCAGCCGCAGCGCCUUCCUCCCCGGCGCCUGCAUCCCCAGAGCCCGAGCACGCCGGACAUGGCGGAGCCCCCAAGCCGAAUCCCGAACCCGAACACCCGGCCGGCCAUGGUGAAGCUCCCAAGCCGAAUCCCGAGCACCCGGCCGGGCAUGAGGGACCUCCCAAGCCGAAUCCCGAACACCCGGCUGGACACGGUGGACCUCCCAAGCCAACCCCAUCGGGCUCGAAGCCCCCAACCAGCUCGUCCGCGGCCCCGUCGUCGCCGUCCUCGGGCGUAGGCGGCAAUAAGACCAGCAAACCGACCGCGAGUCCUCCGGUGCCGACUGGCCAGAAGCCGCCGGCGUUCACCGGUGAGGCGGUGAAGAAUGCCGUGGGGGGGGUUGCGGCGUUUGCCGCUGCCGUGUUGGCGUUUGCCGCGUUGUAAAGAGUCCAUCGAGGAACGCUUUCGAUCUUGUUGAUAAAGUCAGAUCAAGUAAAAUCUAGUAGUUGUCUAAAUACCCAGUCUAGAGUGUU